CGCAUAAAUUUCAAAAUGGCGUCGACUCGUCCAUACACAGUACGUCGAAUGUGUAUAAAAAUAUAAAAAUAAAUGUUUAUAAAAACAAAAGUGCGCAUUCAAUUUAAAGCAUUAAAUUGGUUUUCACAACGUUAACCAAUUUUAUUAUUAAUAAUGUUAACAAUUAAUAAAUUAUUAAUAUGACGUGAAAUUAAUUAAAUGUCGCAAAAAACAAAGUAUGAACGUUAUAGACGACGCCGAUGGGCCACUGGAUCCCCGUAUUCAGAUCGAGUUGGAGAAUUUAAACAAUGCAACAGAUAAUAUUAAUAAACUCGAGAUAGAGCUAGAUGAAGCUCAUACAGCAUAUGGGCAAUUGCUCACUGAAACAACGAGAAGAUCAGAAGAAAUGAAGAUUAAAGUGGGUGUCAAUUGUGUUGAAAAAGCAAGAAGCUACUACCUUGCAUUAAAAGUAGCAGAAGAAGCAAAUGUACAAUGUCAACGGUAUACAAAAUUAUAUUCAACAGCCAAUGAAAUUCAUGCUGCAGCUAAAGAAACUGUAGCAUUAGCCGAAGAUAGAUUUGUGUCACAUCAACACGAGUGGAACUUUGAUGAAGCAUGGCAGGAUACGUUGAGCCACGCAACGAUCAAAGUAAUGGAUGCUGAGAAUCAAAAGGCAGCUUGCGCAAGGGAACAUCAUAGACGUGCAAAGCUUUUUGAUGAGGCGGAAAAAAAAGUUCAGGAAUUAGAAGAAAAACAUCCUCGUGCAAUUAAUAAAGCGCGUCCUUAUUUUGAAAUGAGAGCACAAUGCGAACAAAUGAUGGCAACACAAAAAGAACGUAUUGAGGAAUUAAAUAAAAAUAUCAAGGAAGCAAAAAAGGCAUAUGCUGCUAGUCUGCGAACAUUGGAAGAAAUUAGUAAUCAAAUUCAUGAACGCAGAAGAGAUUAUGAUAUUAUAGCAAAUGGACCACGAGAACCGGGAGUUGGAGCCGAGCUCAUUACACCUGAGGAUAGUUUGAACUAUGAGGAUUUAAAUAAAGUUACAAUAAGUAGAAUAAAUUCGAUAGCAAGUAGUGAUGCUGAUUUAGGCGAUUGUGAUCAGGAUUUCGAUGAUGUUUUGGAAUUGAAGCAACGUGUUGAAAGUCUAGGAGGACGAUCAGUUGAUGGAAUGGAAUCCACAUCAAAUCAAUGGGAAUUGGAAUUGCAAGCGAGUAUGAAAAAAUUAAAUGAAAUACCACUUGGUAAAGAAAAUACCAAUUUUCACAAUAAUGAAACAUUUAAUGAAUUACCAUUGGUUGAAAAUAAAUUAACAAAAAACGAUAACAAUAUUGUAAAAUUAGAUUCACAAGCAACAAAAUUUUCUCUAAGCUAUCAAGGUUGGCAAUCAUUGACACAAAGUCCAAUUAAUUCGAUUUUCAACAAAUCAAAGGAUGCUUUGAAAAAUAGUAUUUCUAAAUCUCUAAGCAAUAGUCCAGUAAAUAUGAAACAAUUCUCCUUUAGUAGAGCUAAACUUGAGAAACAAAUUGAAAAGCCGACAAUAGUUGAUAAUGAAGAAUCUUCAAAUGUUACGAAUCAGGGAAUUUCUACCAAUUUAGAAAUAGAAACAAAAUCAUCAAAUCAAGAUAAAGACUCGCCUAUUGAUAUUAAUUCUCGUGAAAAUUGUCAGUCAAAUGUGGAUUUGAGAAUUGAAAAAGUACAAAUUGCGCCAGUGCUCGAUAAAAAUUUUACAACUCAUAGUUUAAGUUCAUCACCUGUGAAAAGAAAUUUUCUCUUCAAUUCCAAAUCGACAAAAUCAUUGGACAUUACACGAGAAACAAAUCGUGAAUUUAAAAAACCAAACUGCCCAUCGAAAGAGUUGCCUCUACUUUCAAUUUUCCGUAAUUCGUCCGGUAUGUCUAAGGACAAAAGUUGUAGUAUGAUUGAUUUAGGCGAUAAACAGAAUUUAAAAAGUUUAUUCGAAAAUUCGAGUAACAAAAAUCUACAGACUGUGAGUGUCGAAAGAUUGGCAAAUGCAAGGCAUAAAUUAAUGUGCGCCGAUAAUAAUUCCGACCUAAAUUCAUCAAUUCAAUAGAGAGAAAAAAAAAAAAGGAAAUAACGCCUAAAUCAAGUGAAAAGAAAAAUUGUGAUACAUAAUUCUGUUUGAAAGUUUAUAUUUAAUAGAAAAAAAAAAAACAAACUUGCCGAAGCAAACAUGACACACGAACAUACGGAAAAAAAUAUGAGGUAAAUAUAAAUUAUUGAAAAUGAUGAUAUAAUUAAGGAGCGAUAUUUCAAAUAUUUAUUUAUAAUUUCGAAUUUUAUGAGAAUCUCGUAAAAAAGAUAUUUUUUAAAAAGUAUCUCUACUUAUAAAAAAAACAUAAUAAUGAAGCUCAAAGCUUCAAUUUUAUUAGUGCCAACUUUAACUUCUGCAUUAUGUGCAGAAUUAUGUCAAUAAUGCCUUCAAAUUGGUCUGUUUUUUUUGUAAAUUUCUUUUACACAGUAAAAAGAAUAACAAAAUAAUUAUUUUAGGAAAAAUGUGCAAAGAUUUUCUAAAAAGAAUUUCUUACAUAAUAAUUUUUCAUAUUUUCCCCCAAAAAAAAAUCGUGAAAAUAAAAAUUUGGUAUAAUUAUUUUCUAGAAUCAAAAAACAGAUGUUCAAUUACUUUUCGCGAAAAAAUUUUUUUUAAAUUGAACACCACUUUUUUUGACUAUAAAAUAAUUUUCUUCUUGUUUACUAAAAACAUAAUCUAAUGUCUGUUAACGUUAGAUAUAAAAUAUUAUGCAAGUUAAUAAAAAAAAAAAAAAGAAAUAUUAAAAACAGAAAAUACAUAUUCUCAAGAAAAAUCAUAUAAAAAAAAAAAAAAAUUAUAGAAAGUCGAAACUUUCAAAUGUUAAAAAUGUAAGAACAAAUAAUGAUUGUGUUCUAUAUAAAUAUGAUUUUCAACUAUUUUUUAAACAGAAGCUAUAACUUCUGAUAACGAACAAAAUAUCUAAUUUAUUUUUUAACAGAAUUACCAAAUUUAAUAAUAAUUCAUUUUAAAUAUAGAUGUAAAUUUUACUAUAUUUAGAAAAAAAAAAAAUUGAUUCUUAAAUGAAAAAAAAAUUUUAACGCCUGUUACGAAUAUUUUCCAAAAAAAAAAAAAAAUUUCUACGAAGAGAUAAAAUCCUUCGUUAAAAAAAAUAAAAUGCUCAAAAUUUAUGAUAAUUUAACUGGAUUCGUUGGCAAUCACUAAACGAAUGAUUAUCUCUAUGUGAUAAAAAAAAAAACCCAAGCAAGUUCAACUUAUAUUUAAAAAGAAUUCCUAUAAAUUAAUAAUUAAAAUUAUUAAUUGAAAAUUAAUAAUUAAUAAUUAAUAAUUGAAAUUAUUAAUUGCGUACGUAAAUUAGUUUCUAAUUAAAUUAUUAAUUUAUUAUUAAUAUAAAUGAUUAAUAAUAAUAAUAAUAAUUUAAAAUUAUUUACCGCAAAUUUCAUUUUGACAGUUAUGAAAGAAAAAAAAAUAGUAAACAAAACAGGUGAUUUUAAUUGUGUCAAAAGUUAAAAUACUUCCCUAAAUAAUUACUUUUUCGCAAAUAAAAUGAAUCUUUGUAUAUUCUUAUGCUUGUGAAAUAAGUUUUAAUUUGAACGAGGGAUCUAUUAUAUUAAAAGA